AUGGGCAACUUUGCCUCAACUUCCGCUCGACACAGCCGAGUGGUCGGUCCGGCCCGCGAGUACGUGACGUUUGGACGCAAACUGCACACUUACGUCGAGGUACUUCCCGUAUGUGCUGCAAAUAAGCUCUGUUGCGAACAGAACACUGUGCCAGUCAACACAACUGAGUCUCUAGGUAGCCAAUUCAUCCGCGAAAUUCGAAUUUUAUUAACGCGCGUACUUCAGCACACCAAAACACGGAUUUCAGGCAGAAGCUGGCGUCAAACCGGCUUCCAACAAAAAAAACCAGAUACUUCCGGUGCCUGGCUGACAUUGAGAAGAUAUCCCAUGCAAACACGAGGAUUGCAACACCAUUCGAGGUUGGAUAUAAUAAAAUAUCCGCAGUUUCUUUGAGUCCGAUCGUUCAUAUUUCAGUCAAUUCACACGCGCAUAAUCGACGUCUGGCAGAAUGUGAUUGAACUUUUGAAGCUGUCGGUCAACAACGUCGACUAG